AUGGCGGAUAGCGUCAAUCGCCCACCUUCGCCACAUGGCGAAGCCGUAUCUGCGCCACGCCUAGAUACCCCAGGAUUCAUGCCUGGAUCGUGUCCCCGGACAGAACAAUGGUCGCAGACGGUGCAGCAUGCAUUGCGGACGCUAGGGUCUCAGAACCUCCUAGAGACAACACUACAACCCUCGCAGUCUCUACCUUUUUCGACCCCCCUGCGAUCCAAGCUUGAUGCACCUGCUGUACCUACCAUGUAUUUGCCACAGUCCGAGUCUGAUACCCCUACCUCACGGCGCAAAGAGACUUCUUUCCGCGACUCUCCUGCGACCCAAACCCGACUCCUGCUGUAUCCACCGUACAUUCGCCACAAACUGAUCCUGAUAUCCCUGUCUUGCAUAGCGCGAAGAAUCCGUCAUCCAUAUCGGCUGCAGACGAUCUCCCUCAGUCAACGCGUACUUUGGCCCCGAACGCACUUCGUGCAACUUCAACUUCGUCCUCAGCAUCUGCACCUCCUUCUGGCCAAGUUAUUGUCAAAGUUACUGUCGGAUGCAGCGCUACAACUCGAUCUAACGAAGAUACGUGUUGCGUAUUGUGGCCAUCACAAAAAGAAAGAAACAACAGUCGGUCAUGCGGAUUCAUACGUUGAAGUUAAAGUCAAAUGCAACGCUACAACCAGGGCUGAUAAAAAAUGCCCUUCGUCCGUUAACUUCUCCCCUACACAUGCAAUGUUGGACCCUAUGUCCGCUGCGUAUUGUGGAAAUCACCGGAAGGUGAAAGAAAUUGGAUUUCACAUUGAGAGAGUCGGUCAUGCGGAUAGAUAUGUUAAAUUUAAAGGCCACGUCGAUGUUAACGAUGUGUUCGUCGACCCUCAGAUCCUCUAG